UUAAGGUAUAAGGACUUUCCCUUCUUGCCACUGAAUUGGUAGGCAAAACCCAGAAGACCAGAACCCAGAAGAUGGGCAUCUCCUUUAGCAGCAGAAGAAGAAGAAGAAGGAACAACAAUCCCUUUUGCCGUUCUUCUCCUUCUCAACUCUUAUAUAUUUCGCCCGAUACUUCUUACCUGUCUGCUCCUCCUCCGUCUUCAACCUACCCUUCUACUCCUCCUCCGCCGAACUAUUUCGUUGCCGCGAACACGUCUUAUCAUCCUUCACCUUCAUUUCCACCUCAGAAUUCUUCCCAUGUACCUUCCCCCCCUUCUUAUUCGUCUAACAAUCAGUAUACGGGUGGGUAUAAUGAUUAUCCUUCUUAUUACGCUAAUCAUGUUGAUGACUCGACUGCUAUGAGGACUCCUUCCCAAUCUCUGCCUCCUUCUGUUGACCGUCAGGGUGCUAAAAAGGUAAAGAACGAUAUCAAUGUCCGGAAGGAUACGAUAAAGCUUGAAGUCGAUGAGAUGAACCCGGACUGCCACUUGGUUUCCUUUACUGUCGAUGCUAUGGUGGAUGGCAGUAUCACUGUCUUCUACUUUGCAAAAGAAGGGGCAGACUGCAGCUUCAGUCCACUAUACCCUGAGGCCUGUAUGCCAGUAAGAAUGCCCUUUCAGAAAGGACUGGGCCAGAAAUUCCGUCAAUCUCCAGGAACUGGCAUUGACCUAGGCUUCUUUGAGUUGGAUGAUCUGUCUAAGCCAUCAACAGGUGAAGAUGUUUUCCCACUUGUUAUCUUAGCUGAAGCAUGGCUACCAACUCAGCCUGCAGACAGUCAGCUUGGUAAUGCACAGAUUACUCAAGCUAUCUUAGGAAAGAACAAUGGAGACUCAUUGCAUGUGAGAGUUGUCAAGCAGAUAUUGUGGGUUGAUGGGGUUCGGUAUGAGCUUCGUGAAAUUUAUGGAAUUGGCGACUCAGUUGAAGCAGGGUUAGGUGACAAUGACGAAGGGAAGGAGUGUGUUAUUUGCAUGACAGAACCAAAGGAUACAGCUGUCUUACCUUGUCGACAUUUGUGUAUGUGCAGAGAGUGUGCUAAUGAAUUAAAGAAUCAAUCGAAUAAGUGUCCGAUAUGUCGUCAGGCCAUACAGGAGCUCUUAGAGAUUUAAAGUUAACAAAGAUCCGCUUCUCAAUAUUUCAUCAACUUGUGCUGCAUAAGGUUUUUGUAUUCCUGUUCUUUUACCUCUAUGUGCGUCUUUUAUUCAUCCGUGUACUAUUUUAUUCUUCUUAGAUUGAUCUUAUUAUUUCAAUUCUUUAGGAUCCCAUCUUGUCCUCAAAUAUAAUUUUAUCAUAUUAGUAUGUUGAUCUCUUGUGGAUUGUAAAUAUAAUUGUACAUAUAACUUAUAAGUAAAGCAACAUGUAUGACUGGUUUACCUUAUCUUUUC